AUGGUCAAGAUCAUUGUGUCUGUCUUGUCCGCCGGUGUCGCGUCUGCUUUCGGCACCAUCUCCGAGUUUCCGACAGAGAUGACCAGUCUUAUGGAUCAAACCGUGGAUCCGUGCACCGACUUCUAUUCGUAUUCGUGCGGGACGUGGUACAAUAAGACCACCCUCCACAGCAACGCCGUUAUCAAUAUGUUCACCGUGACUGCGGCUGCGUCGGACAAGGUGAUCGAAAAGUUGUUAAGCGCCAAGCUGCCCAAACUCGCCGAGUUCUGCUGGGCUCUGUGGGGUGGCUCGAUAACACAACUCGGGCCAACGUUACGACCAAGUUGUCCAAGCUUACCCACCUCUUGGGGGGAGCCUAAGAACCGCAAGACGUACUCCACCUUGACGUUUGACCCCAAGGCUUACAUUGCCAACCUGAACAAGGUAUCUGCGUUCGAUACUGCGUUCAACCUAGCUCAGAUCAACACUGCCGUGGACAAGCAGAUUUGGGAGACUACUGCGCACGACGUGAAUGCGUGGAACCAGAGGGCGACAAACACGCUCGUGUUUCCCGCCGCCAUCUUGCAGCCCCCGUUCUACUAUGCCAUGGCGGACCCGUCGGUGAACUAUGCUGCCAUUGGCAGUACCAUCGGCCACGAAAUCACCCACGGCUUCGACCACAACGGUGCCCUCGUUAUCGACAGCGACGGCAACCUCAAUCGGUUGUGGUCGGCAACCGUGACGAAUACUUUCAACGAAAAAGCCAAGUGCUUCAUCGAGCAGUAUGGGUCCAUGGAAGUCAAGAACGAGCUCACGGGUGAUUUGCUCGGCAAGUUGGACGGCAAAUUGACAUUGCGGGAAACCAUCGCCGACAAUGGGGGCCUCAACACGGCAUACCGGGCGUACCGGGACUACGUGCACGCUGAGGCCGAAGCCACCAAGUACACCAAGGAAACAGGCGAAAAGACGUUUUGGAUCUCGCACGCCCAAUUGCGGUGCGCAAAGAACAGCGACGAGUACCUCCAGUUUCUGCUCACCGACGAACACCCCCCUGGUCGCCACCGCUUGAUCGGGGCAGUUCAAAACUCGGUCGAUUUUGCCAAAGUGUUCAACGCACCCAUGAACCCGACCAAGAAAUGUUCAGAAUUGCAUACCAAUUUCAUACGCUUUUGGCACAGUCUCCUCGUGUCUUCAUCGUUCAUCGUUUACUUUUUGUAA